AUGUUCGAAUCCGCCGACGUGCUCCGGCGCCAACAAACCCAACGGCUACGCGACGAAGCUCUUGGCCUGCAUGACCGGACCCACGAUUCCGUGCUGGAAUACCCGCCUCGUGUGCCGCCGGAGGCGCUGCAGGUCAAAAUCUCACGGUAUCCUGCUGGGGUCACGACGCUGGCUCUGAACUCCCGCCUAAGCAUACAGUUCCUCAGCUUCUUCGACAUCUUUUACGACUGGUUUACGGCCGCCACUACGACGCCGGGUCCGCAUGAAAGCAUGACAGAGCUGGGCCAUGAUAUCCUGGGCGCCAAGGGUCUGAGUUUCACCGAGCGGCUCCUGGCAGUAGCGGUCCAGGCGUAUAUCAAUUGGGUGGAGCGGGCGAGGCGGAAAUGGACCAACUUCUCCAGCGAGCAUGCGGUGGAGGUGCAGAUCGGGGUGCUGAAGAAGUCGGGACGGCCAGGGACAGAUGCCCAGGCAGAUGAUACGAGGGACGCCUUUCUGUGGAGUUGUUUGAUGAUACGAGACACGACGGUGCUGGAGUCGGGUGCUCGUGCGUGGGCGGACGAACAGCUCCGUGAGCUGGGCGUAGAUGCGAAAGGUGACCUAGAAUUGCAGGCGAAGUUGGAUGGGCUCUUUUUCGCGAGGCCCGGGUCCAAGCAUGCAGAGUACGCCGAAGGCUUUCUUAUGCACGAAACCCCGCUCGGCUAA